UACCCGUCCUCCUUGGCCUCCCCCGAAGCCCAGAGCGGCUGGGACCCCUCAGGUCACUACACAUUUGCGCAGACUUUUCCUUCCCAGCACAGUCGGGGACUCCCCGCCCCGCCGGGUGGGUUCCCCGUCUAAGAAAGGUGAGCGGAGAGAGGGCCUGGCGCUGUCCCGGGCUCACGGCGCGUCCCGCACGCAGCAGGUGCACCUGGCCGGAGUAAAAGCCCGCGCCCCGCCGCCUCCCGGGGACUUCGCGGCGCCCUCGGACCCCAGCGAGCUGCCGGAAGCGGCAGGGCCGCCCUCCUCCCCGCGGCGCCCGCCGUCUUAUCUGGGCGCCUCCAGGGCCCCGGGAGAAGUCGCGGGGGCACCGGGAGGGACGCGGCGGCAUGGGCCGUGGGCCCCGAGGCGGCGCGGGCCGCCCGCCUCGCCGCCUGCUGUCGCUCCUGCUACUGCUGGGCCUGGCCGGUGGUGCCGCCGGAGCGCCGGGCGCCGACGUUUAUGAUUCAGACUUAGAUAUUUGUGCUACCUGCCAUGAACACGCUACAUGCCAGCAGAGAGAUGGGAAGAAGAUCUGUAUUUGCAACUAUGGAUUUGUGGGCAACGGGAGGAUGCAGUGUGUAGACAAAGAUGAGUGUCAGUUUGGAGCCACUGUGGUCUGCGGGAACCACACAUCUUGCCACAACACCCCUGGUGCUUUCUACUGCGUUUGCCUGGGAGGCUAUCGAGCCACAAACAACAACAAGACAUUCAUUCCCAAUGACGGCACCUUCUGCACAGACAUCGAUGAGUGUGAAGUUUCUGGCCUGUGCAGGCACGGAGGACGCUGCGUGAACACUCAGGGGAGCUUUGAAUGCCACUGUAUGGAUGGGUAUUUGCCCAAGAAUGGGCCCUCGCCUUACCACCCAGCCAGAGACGCCACACUGUGCACAGAAAUAGACUGUGGCACCCCUCCCGAAGUCCCAUAUGGCUACAUUGUAGGAAAUUUCACCUCUCGGCUGGGCAGCCAGGUUCAUUAUGCCUGCAAAGAUGGAUUUUUCAGUGCCACCAAAGACACAGUUUCAAGCUGCACAGCCUUGGGUACAUGGGAGACCCCCAAAUUAUACUGCCAAGAGAUCGACUGUGGCAGCCCUCCACAAGUGCCGGCUGCCAUCUUGGUCGGGAACCCCAGCUCCAGCCCCGGCGCGGUGGCUCACUAUGAGUGCCAGGAGGGCUUUGAGAGCCCUGGAGGAAAGAUCACCUCUGUUUGCACAGCGAAAGGCGUCUGGAGAGAGAGCACUUUAACCUGCACAGAAAUGGUGACAGAGAUAAGGAAUGUAUCCGUGUUUAAUAACACUUGUGUGAGGUGGCAAACAAACUCAGGAAGAAUGAACUUGGAGAUCAUGUAUGUGAUACAUAUAAAAGGACAACGGUUGGACCCUAUGGAAGUAGUUCACGAGGAGACAGUCAACUUGACCACCGUCAGCAGGACCCCAGAAGUGUGCCUCGACCUGCACCCAGGCACCAACUACACCGUGAGCAUUUCUGCAGCUCCUCCCAGGCGCUCUGCAUCUGCCGUCAUUGUUUUCCAGACAGCUGAAGAUGACCUCUUAGAAGAUGAUGGACUUUUUAAUAUUUCAAUAUUUAACGAAACUUGUUUGAAACUAAACAGGCAUGCUGUCAAAGGCGGAUCAGAACGAAUGUACCAAUUUAGAGUUCUGGGCCGAAGGUGGUAUCUGGACGACUUUUAUCACACGCUAGCGUUCAACAUCACGACGAGGGAUGGAGCUCCGGUAGCGUGUUUGGACCUGUACCCGACGACUAAUUAUACAGUGACUGUCACCCUCCUGGGAUCUCCUGAGCAACACUCAGCGCAAGUCAUGAUAAGGACGGCACCGGCAGUGAAACAAACCAUCAGUAAUGUUUCAGUGUUUAAUGACACCUGCUUGAGAUGGAGAAGUCAGAAGACAGCUGAUACAGAAGAGAUGUACCUAUUCCACAUUUGGGGCCAGAGAUGGUAUCAGAAGGAAUUCUCCCAGGAAAUGGUCUUCAACACCACGAGCAGCAGCCAGGCGCCAGCCAUGUGCUUGGACCUGCGUCCGGGUACCAACUACAGUGUCCGCCUCCGGGCUUUGUCUGCUGAACUUCCCGUGCUCGUCUCCCUGACAACCCAGAUAACAGAGCCUCCUCUUCCGGAAGUAGAAUUUUUUACAGUACAUGGAGGGCCUCCGCCACGCCUCGCGUUGAAGAGAGUCAAGGAGAUGAAUGGUCCUAUCAGUUCAUAUCAGGUGUUGGUGCUUCCCCUGGCCCUGCAAAGCACAUUUUCUUGUGAUUCCGAGGGGGCUGCCUCAUUCUUUAGCAAUGGCUCUGAUGCUAAUGGGUACGUGGCUGCAGAAAUACCGGCCCAAGAUGUUCCAGAUGAUGCCGUUGUGGAGCUGUCUAUGGGAGACAGGCUGUACUAUGGGAAAUACUACAAUGCACCUUUGAAAACAGGGCAUGAUUACUGCAUCAUAUUACGAAUCACAAGUGAAUGGAAUAAGCCUUGUCGCCGCUGCCGCUGCUGCCGCAGAUGCUGGGUGUGGGACUGGGCUCCGUGGCCGCCGUGGUGCUUCUCGUGUUCCUCUCUUUCUCAGCAGUGUGAUGGCAGAUGGAGGUGCUACUGCCGGGGCAGGUGUUCUGACAGCCCGCACAGAGGCCCCAUGGGACUUCCAGCCGUGGAAUGUGUGCACCCACAUCUUUCCCCACUCGCUGCUUGGCCUCAUUCCUGGAUUCCAGAUGGUGACUGUCUCUGUAAAGUCCCGACCCCAGAGGGCUUCCCUGCGAUGGAACCAGUUCUGUGUCUUUGAGCCUGAAACUCCUGGUGCCCAGUGCCCAGGCUACAGGCCGCCUGGGUCUGGGCUGGGACCUCCUCUGAGCGAUGCCCGAGGGUCCGCUCCUUCGGACAAGAUCUCUGCCUUGGCCUCUAGAGCAGCUCUGUUCGUUGACUCAGAAUCCACUUAUGUCCAGCCUGCAGUGAGAUUGAGACAAGGGCAAACAUUUCAAGCAGCCCUUUCCCCAUAUUUAAUCAGUGUACUAAUUAGAAGAUCUAUGAGCCUGGUCGUGCCCUGUAAUUGUGUCAGGCAGCAUUGCUUCGGGACAAUUCUGCUUGUUCUGUAUAUUCAAAACUAAUGUCUGCAUUCCAAUAAGAAUUUUUUUUUUUUUAAAUUGGAGACUGUUCUUUCUUUGGUUUAUUCUUAUUACUGAAUAUCUCCUAAAAACACUCUGUGCCUCCCUUUGGGAAUUUGGGUUCAGUGGUACCGUAGUAACAAUGGGUUGAAACAGUAUCAAGUCCAUGGCCAACAUGUGUUGCAGGAGCUGGGGACCAUGCUAUCUGUAAUUUUUUUUUUUGUUUGUUUUUUGGACAGGCAGAGUGGACAGUGAGAGAGAGAGACAGAGAGAAAGGUCUUCCUUUGCCGUUGGUUCACCCUCCAAUGGCCGCCGCGGCCAGCGUGCUGCGGCCGGCGCACCGUGCUGAUCCGAUGGCAGGAGCCAGGAGCCAGGUGCUUUUCCUGGUCUCCCAUGGGGUGCAGGGCCCAAGCACCUGGGCCAUCCUCCACUGCACUCCCUGGCCACAGCAGAGAGCUGGCCUGGAAGAGGGGCAACCGGGACAGAAUCCGGUGCCCCGACCGGGACUAGAACCCGGUGUGCCGGCGCCGCUAGGCGGAGGAUUAGCCUAGUGAGCCGCGGCGCCGGCCAGCUAUCUGUAAUUUCUGUCUGUAAUCUCAGUAAUGAGCACCGUUACCACAUCAUGAACCAUGAAGCAUUAGAUACGAGCAGUCCCACACCAGCUGUCAGUGUGCUGAAUUCACAGAAGGGGUGUAUCCGAUUUCACUUUUAAAGUCUGAAUCAGUAUUUUUUUUAACUUUGCUCUCUGACAGUUAACUGCAAGGCUCAGCAAGAAAUGAAAGAAGAAAGGCAGAGGCUUGUGGCUUCUCUCCCUCUUCUUCCUCCCUUGGUCGACCUAGAGAAUAAAUAGCAUGGGGAGGAGGGCGAGGGUGGCUGCAUUGCACAACCUCAAGGAGUGGCAUCGUGAAUGUGGCCCUGGACUUGGGCACUGUUUGGUCCCCAGGGAAAGAGGCAAUCUUUCCAAUGCCACAGGCCAGUGUGUUCUCUACUGGCCUGCUGGGGACAGAUCCGAGACGCCUGGUCGUGUGGUUUGGAUUUGGUUUGUCCCCAUCACAGCUUAUGUUGAAAUGUGAUGGCUGCUGUGGUGGGGUUGCAUGUGGGGACUUGAAAAGAUGACUAGCAUGUUAAGAGGGAGUAACACCCUUAUUGCGAGGCUGGAUGGGUCACCAAAAGAGAGGAUGUUAUUGAAGUGAGCUCACCCUUCCCUCAUAUUUUAUCUCUUUACCCCACUCCCCCACUUACCUUGCAAUUUUCUGUCAUGCCAGAGGCAGAGCUGUACCAGUGCCAUGUUGUUGAACUUCCCAGUCCCCAGACCUAUGGGGAGAGAGAGAGAGAGAGAGAGAGAGACCUACCCAGCCUCCUGCUAAUGUAUCUGGGAAGGUGUCAGAUGCUGGCCCAAGUGCUUGGGCCCCUGCCCCUCAUGUGGGAGACACAGAUGGAGUUCCUGGCUCCUGACUUCAACCUAGCCUAGUCAUGGCUGUUGCAGCUAUUUGGGGCAUGAACUAGUAAAUGGAGGAUUGAUCGGAGGAUUGAUUCUCUAUCUCUCUCUCUCUCUCUUUCUCUCUCUUCCUCACUGUGUCUCUCUGCCUUUCAAAUAAAUAGAUCUCAAAAAAAAAAAAAAGAUAACCAGUAAACAAAACUCUUCUUGCUCUCAUGUGAAUUAUAGAGUAUUCAAAAGGCUCAUACAGAUAACUCUAUUCAUUUUUCGGUGCAAAAAUUCACACCCUCACUGUUUUUGUAGCUCUCUUACUCAAUUUGGAGUCAUUACAAAUUAUUGUGGUCAGUACAGGGCAGGACCACAGAUGAGAAAGGACUUAAAGACCAUCUCUGUCAGAAGAGAGAAUCUGACCCCCACCUCACCCCCUUAUUUUUUUAAAACUGUAUGUUUCUGUAACUCCUCUGAUUUCUAGCUCUAGAAUUAACUGCCAAAGACACAGUUGUCCACAUGAAAACUUAGCAUAAUUGUCAUAGAGAGGAAGAAAUGCCACCUGCCCAGACUCAAACGUCUCUGGAUAAAAUAUUAAGUAAAGCAUCAACUUCUGGGUACAGCACUGAAACGUAAAAAUAGUUCCUGUCAGAUGACUGAAGUGGCCACGCCAUGGACUGUGUCAUUUCCUGUAACUGCUGCAAAUUACCAUGCAGAGUGGCUCAGCAUUAAUGCUUAAGAGACUGGUGUUGAGCAUUUUCAAAAAGGAUGCAUAAUUUCUCUGUAGUUCUUUAAAAAUUAGUUUUCUCAUAAUCACAAAGAUGACUUGAAGUUCUCUAAAUUUGCCUGCUAGCUUUACCACAGUACCAUUUAAAAUUUUUUAAUUAGUUUUAACAGAUUCAAUGUGAUUUGUAGAUGCAAUUCUAAGAACACAAUGAUAUUCCCUUCUUCUCUCCCUCCUUCCUAGCCCCUCCCAUCCUCCUCCCUUCUCUUUUUUUUAUUUUUUGAGAUAGCAUUUUAAAUAUACAUUAUGGUAAAAAGGCUUAAUACUUCACCAAAUAAGUUUGACAAAUAAAAAGCAAAAAGACCCUAGUUUAGUGGGAAUAUAGACAAUGGCUAUAAAACAGUAAUUGAAUGAAAAAAUGACCACUUCACCCAUAUGAAGUAAUCUUAAUCACAGGAGAUUAAAACUAUGAUAGAAUAACAUUCUUAACCAUUGGUUUGACAAAGGUAUAAAAGUUUUACAAAACUAUAUUUGCAUCAGUACCGAUCACACAGAUUG